AUGUGGCGUUUCAUUUGCUUAACGCGGCUGCUGCUGUGGUGCUCUGUAGUAUGCCUGGUCUGUGGUGCCUUGGAUGAGCUGGAGUACGAUGCGGAUGUGGCACCACCAGUUGUGGCUCCGCGUCCAACUUUAAAUCUCUGGCACAGUUUUGUGGUGCAAAUGCGACAGGCUUUAAAACGCUUUCAGCCCACCACCAAACAGCCCCACGUACGACUGCGCAGCACCACGCCAGAAACCGAUUUUGAUUACAACUCCACGCCUGACCAGCAAUUCUAUGGAGCACUGAACCCCAUUUAUCAAACACUUAACUUUUGA